AUGGCCGAACGCAGCUCGUUUGAAGUUUUUGUAGAAGCUCGCUUCAAGCUCCAGGAUCUCAUUCAACGGAUAAUCUUUGACCUCAGAAACCACUACCCAUUGCUUCGCAGGGAAAUCAAGGCAGGCUUAGCUUUCAUAUGCAUCUAUGUGGAUAUUAUCCGAGGACUCGAGCGUUUAAUGGCUCCCGAGUCUCUGAGUUGCAAGGCCGUCUAUACCCCUGAUACCUGCAAAGACGCUCAGACUGAUCUUGAGCGAACUUGUCGUUUGACCGAUGAAAUGGUUCACGUACUAUCGCAGGACCUAGAAUUCGGUAGAAAUAUCGACCCCGUUGUUCAUAGCCUGGAGCUUCUGAACCACCGCUGGAGUUUGAAUGUUUCCUUCCUUUAUGAACAUAUAUUCUAG